AUGGCUGCCACCACGAGCCAGGCCUCGCUCUCGUCGACGGAGCGGUUCGAGCUCAUCACGCGCGACCUCGCCGAGGUGCUCGGGCAGGACAUUAUCAAGUCCGUCCUCGACAAGGGCGAGCGUCCGCUGCGCCUCUACUGGGGCACGGCGCCCACGGGCCGCCCGCACAUUGGCUACCUCGUGCCCCUGACCAAGAUCGCCGACUUCCUCCGCGCCGGCGUCGAGGUCAAGGUGCUCCUCGCCGACAUCCACGCCUUCCUCGACAACCUCAAGGCACCCAUCGAGCUCGUCCGCCACCGCGUAAACUACUACAAGGCCGUCCUCACUGCCGUCUUCCGCUCCAUCGGCGUGCCCACCGACCGCCUCGUCUUUGUCGUCGGAUCCAGCUACCAGCUCACCGAGGCCUACAACAUGGACAACUACCGCCUCUGCGCCUCGGUCACCGAGCACGACGCCAAAAAGGCAGGCGCAGAGGUCGUCAAGCAGGUCUCGAGCCCGCUCCUCAGCGGCCUCCUCUACCCGGGCCUCCAGGCGCUCGACGAGCAGUACCUCGACGUCGACGUCCAGUUUGGCGGCGUGGACCAGCGCAAGAUCUUCACGUUUGCCGAGCUGUACCUGCCGCGGCUGGGCUACGCCAAGCGCGCGCACCUGAUGAACGCCAUGGUGCCCGGCCUCAAGGGUUCCAAGAUGUCGUCGUCCGACGCCGGGUCCAAGAUUGACUUCCUCGACAGCCCAAAGGAGGUGACCAAGAAGAUCAACGACGCCGUGUGCGCCGAGGGCGUCGUCGAGGACAACGGCGUGCUGGCCUUUGUCCGCGCCGUCCUCUUCCCCAUUGCCCGCCUUCGCGCCGAGUCGGGAGCGGCGGCGACCGCAGCUUCGACGCCCGACAGCGGCCUGUCGCGCAACUUUGUCGCCGACGACGCGCCCGCCGGCACCCUGUUCAGCGUCGUGCGCCCGGAAAAGUACGGCGGCUCGCUGCACUUUGCGCGCUACGAGGACCUCGAGGCCGACUUUAGCGCCAAGCGCCUCCACCCGGCCGACCUGAAAAAAGGCCGUGGCCGAGGCCAUCAAUGCGCUCCUCGAGCCCGUGCAGAAGCUGUUUGA